CUGCUUCAAGAAAAAAGAACCAUUCUUCCUCCUCCGUCUAGCCGGAGAAGUCACCUCGCAAUAAGACCACCCGCGCCGCUCCGGCAAGCAGUGCCGGCGCGCAACCGCCAUCCGGAUCUCAUCCAUCCGCGGACCUUUGGCAUCCCUAUGGGGGUGGUGAUCGAGAGGGAGGAGUGGGCGCUCCACCCCGUCGCCUACCCGCUCCUCGCCGCCGCCGCGCUCGCCGCCGUCGUCCUCCUCCCAUACUUCUCCCGUCCGCACGUAUCCGCCGCCGUGUCUCCCUCACCCUUCGACGCCGGCACCGCCCCCUUCCUCCGCUUCCGCCGCGCCUUCCUCCUCCUCUUCUCCCUCGCAUCCGUGGCGGAGGGGAUCCAGUCAGUGUUCGGGGAGGAUGAGUUCGCGCGGUGCGGGUUCGGCAGGGAGCAGAUGGCCGCGCGCCUCGCUGCGGCCACGGCCGCCGUGCUCUUCCUUGGCGGCGCUUCUGGCAUUGUCUCCGACAAACUAGGACCACAGCGGGCUUGCAUAUUUUACUGGAUGCUUCAGUUUGGAGUUGGUGCCUUGAAGAGUUUCCGUGGGCUACGUUGUACAUGGAUUAACAAUUUCAUUUUGGCUCUUGCAUCUUCAAUGUUUUCCUUCUGUUUUGAGACAUGGAUUGUGGUGGAGCAUGAGAAGCAAGCGCAGAAGCAAGAUUUGCUGUUUGAUACCUUUUGGCUGAUGACGUUCUUUGAAUCCGUAUCCCUAGUUGGAAGUCAAGGAAUCACGAACUUAUUGCUUGAUAAUGAUGACAAAGGAAUCUUGCUUCCCUAUACUUUUGCAGCCUUAGUGUCAAUAAUAGGAAUACUGUAUAUCAGGAAAGCACCAAGUAGCAGUACUACUCAGCAUGCAUCUGUCAUUGGGAGCUACCAAAAAUCAUUUUUUGCUCAUGUCCUCAGAGAUAAAAGAGUGCUGAUUCUGGUCUUAGCUCAAGCCAGUGUUCAGUUCUCCCUAUCAGCCUUUUGGUUUCUCUGGGCACCAACAAUAGUGGCUGAUGGGAGGGAUGCUCAGCUGUCACUAAUCUACCCCUGUUUCCUGGUGUCGAGGAUGCUUGGAAGUGCUGGUUUUCCAUGGUUUUAUGGAGCUACGGCUCCUUUCCAGAAUGAUGAUAGCCUAACAAUAGCAUACGCUGCUGCUGGACUUGCUUUGUCAAUUGUGGCUUAUGAUUACCAGGAGAUUGGAACAUUGGUGAUACUGUUCUGCAUCUUCCAUGCAUGCGUGGGCUUCAUUUUGCCUUCACUAGCAAGAUUGAGAACAAUGUACCUGCCAAAUGAGCUACGUGGGGGCAUGAUGAGCUUUUCCUUGGCACUGGCAAAUGCUCCUAUCUUCAUUUUCCUACUACAGGGCGCCUACCGUCAGAACUUUGCGAAUUCGACCAUUCUAGGCCUUGCAGUGUGUGGCCUUUUAGCAGCUGGGGGAUGCAUCCAUGUGCUGCUAAGGAGGUGGCGAAAACACGGGCGUCACAACGCACGCAGCUUGUAGGAUGGAUCCUUGGCUCCACACAACCAGCUUCAAGGCGGUGUCCCGUUAAUUCUGUAGCGAUUUUUCACCUUGGCUUCGGAGCACCAACAUUGACUCUUUUGUGCAGUAUCUGGUUUGCUGGUGCAGCACACGACAGACAGAAAGUAGUAACUAUGGUAUUUUCUGUUGCACAAACAUUUUUCAGUCGAUGGCGGCUAACACAAAAUGUAACUGCAGACUUGUAAAGAAGCUCCCCUUUUUCCCCACAUACAAACUGCGAUGAUUCAAUGAUACUCCAAUAGUUCUUGUCCUGGAACAUACCUUUGUAAAAAGUUUUACUACUCUGGAAGGGGAUGUGAACGUAUUUCAAGGUUAAAUUUUGAUCAUCAGUUAGACAUA